GACCUCGCCAUUCGGGCUGCACCUCCGGCUGCAGCGCACACGCCUCCUGCGCCUCCUCCUCGGGAGCCUCGCCGUCGGUUGGGUCCUUCCCUUGCAGCCGUCUCCAGAGACUCCUUGCGCUUCUACUUGGGGCACCAUGCCCAACGACGACGCAUUCAGCAAGCCCUCGGCACCGUCGGAGGCCCCGCACGCCCCCGGGGCACCACCGCAGGGGAAAGCCGGGGGCUUCGGCAAAGCAGCAGGAGCGCUACUGGGCUCCGCGGGCGCCGGGGGCAGCGGCGGCGGCUCGGGCUCGGGGGCGUCGGGCAUGGGCGCUGCAAGCAAGAAGUCCCCACGGCUGCCCAAGUGCGCGCGGUGCAGGAACCACGGCUACGCGUCGCCGCUCAAGGGCCACAAGCGCUUCUGCAUGUGGCGGGACUGCCAGUGCAAGAAGUGCAACUUGAUCGCGGAGAGACAGCGCGUGAUGGCCGCGCAGGUGGCCCUGAGAAGGCAGCAGGCCCAGGAAGAGGAAUUGGGGAUCAGCCACCCCAUCCCGCUGCCCAGCGCGGCUGAGCUGCUCGUCAAGAGAGAGAACAGCGGCAGCAACCCGUGCCUGAUGACUGAGAGCGGCAGCUCCGCGCAGCCCCCGCCGGCCAGCACCCCCACCGCUGCAGCUUCAGAGGCACGCAUGGUCAUCCAGGAUAUUCCUGCUGUCACCAGCAGAGGGCACAUGGAGAACACACCUGACCUGGUUUCAGAUUCCACCUACUACAGCAGCUUUUACCAGCCGUCGCUGUUCCCUUACUACAACAAUCUGUACAACUACCCGCAGUACUCCGUGGCCUUGGCUACCGACUCCUCUUCCGGGGAUGUGGGAAGUCCCCUCGGGGGGUCCCCCGUGAAGAAUAGCCUUCGGAGUCUCCCAGCACCUUAUGUGCCUGGUCAGACAGGAAACCAGUGGCAGAUGAAAAACUCGGAGAACCGCCACGCGGUGAGUUCCCAGUACAGGAUGCAUUCUUACUACCCGCCUCCCUCCUACCUGGGCCAGAGCGUGUCCCAGAUCUUCACUUUUGAGGAUGGCCCCUCUUACGUGGAAGCCAAAGCAAGUGUAUUCUCGCCGCCCAGCAGUCAAGAUUCUGGCUUGGUUUCCCUCUCCAGCAGCUCUCCUAUUAGUAACGAGAGCACAAAGGGAGUGCUCGAAUGUGAGUCCGCCUCAGAGCCCAGCAGCUUCACGGUCACGCCCGUCAUCGAGGAGGACGAGUAAUCGUCGCCCCAUGCCUUUGGCCGUUCACUUGGAAUAGCAGGCUAAUUCCGUUUAUACACAGGGUUUGUUAUUAAUAUUUUGCCUUGACUUAACUGUUGAAACGUGUUUCGCUUACACUCCUUAGAGCUUAGUCCAGAGGCUAAAACACAUUUGGAAUAGUUUAGGAUCCGUGACUACCACCCGCCAGAAUUAAGUGCUUUGCUCAUGGAGUUAAACAGUCGUGUCCCUCAUUUUUUUAUGACACUGGUUUACUUGUUUUCAAGAAAUACCAUAAUUCACUCAAGUCAAGCAGUAUGUUGCAGCUAACUGUGUUAUAAUUAGAUAUUACUUUUAGUUUUAAAAUGAAAUCUUAGGUGCCUUAGAUUUUUUUGAAUUUUAGUAUUUUAAUAAAACUGCAAAAAUAUAAAUUUAGCCAAGUACCUGACCGUUGAGAAGAAAACAGCAAAGUUAGUGAUUAUUUUAGAAAUCUGCAGAAGGUCAGAGUAAAUGGACAUACUGUGUUUGUGUUGCUGUUGGAAAAGUCUAGCCCCAGUCCAUCUCCCCAAAUCCAAAACAUGACAAAUAUGCUCAGAAAAAAAAAAAAAUUAAAGCCCUUACGAAUCGCUACCUUUUCUGUAAAGGGUAAAUUGAAAACAACACAAUUUAAAGUAAUCCCAGUAAUACAGAGUUCCUGGUGUUGUUUCUAGAAUAAUACGAGAGUUUAUCAUACACAUUCUUUCUACUAGAGGAAGAAAAUGGAUGCAAGCUAAACUAUUGUGUAACCUUAGGUUGUAAUCUGAUUUGAAAAUAAGUACAUCUUUAAAAGUUACUACAGAUUUCUGAGUUCAUUAUUUUGUUAAAAAUUGCUUGUGGAGUACUUCCUUAUGUAACAGAAGCCAUCCUGAAAUGAAACUAGUCUAAAAAAAAUUCAUUGUUCUGUGUAGUUGCAGCUGUACCUGAAAUAAAAAUGUUAUUGAUGACUGAA